ACCAAAAAAGUGAAAAGUAAAAAAUUGCCGAAUUCUUAGUAUUCUAUGAUUUAACCCUAAAUUUGGUUUCAUCUGUGAAUUGCACGUACCAAAAUUCAAAUUAUUUCAAAUAACCAAUAUUUGCCUGAAUGAUUACUUUCGUAAGUUUCGUUUCGAAACAUUUUAUUUGAAAUUUGUUGCUUAUGCAUCUUGCUGGAUUAUGGAGCUAUUGAAGGGUUGUAAUCAUAAAGAUCUUACUCAUGAUCUUAUCCUGGAUGGAAGUGAGAGCUUUUAUAGUAAGGUAACAAAUACAUGUGGAUUACCCAUCACGGUUGGAUAUCCGUAUCCUAUUGAAGCACCUUCAAGAAAAACGGAUGAACUUAAAUUGAAACAAUUUUUCCAAUAUUCCUCAGGAAAUAAAAAAACAUAUCAAGCCAAAAGAGAAUUAGAAAGAAUGAAAAAUGAAUUAUUUGACCAAGAUUUUAAGAAUUAUGCUGUCUUACCAGAGUAUUUGAUAAAUUAUAUAAAUGAUGAUGUUAAAGAAGAAAUUAAUUAUGGAUUUAAUAUACCUUAUUCCUGUGGAGUGCUAGAGAAGUUUCAUUAUAAUAACGAAUUAUGUUUAAUGAAGCCUAAUGUUGAUAAUAACUUAGAAAUUUGUAAAACAACGAAACCUAAAGAAAAAAUUAUUUUGCAGUGGUCAUGUCCAGAUCCUAUUAGAAGUUUGAAAACAAUGAACCAGACACAUUCAAAUAGUUUUAUAAUAAGAGGACAAAAUAAUAUGUAUUUCAUCGAUCUUGAUGAUGAAUGGCAAAUAAAAAUUAAUUUGAAAUUAAAAUGUGAUAUUGGAUAUCUAAAUGAAAGCUUGAAUCACCUGAAUGGAACAGAGCUUGCUUUUGCUGACACAAAAGCAAAAUUGAAAUUAUUUGAUUUGAAGGAGCAAAAAGUUAUUUCAUCAUAUAGCAUGGAAGAAUUAUUUUUUCUUUCUUCUCCUAGGCUUUUAAAGAUGAAUUAUUUGACAGAAAAUAUGUUGAUGAUCAUGACAGAAAAACAAAUAAAAGUAUUAGAUAAUAGAUGUAAAGAUGUGCCACAUGAAAUUGAAAUAAAGUUAGAACAUUGUGACAUACUCUUGGAUUUUGCUCUUAAUAAGAGUAAGCAGUUUAUUUCAAAUGAAGUUUACUUAUCCUCUAAGCAUGCUUUUUUCAUUUAUGACAUAAGAGGAUCUUCCGUUAAUGAUUACAUUAAUCAUAAUUUGAGGUAUCCUCCAUGUUUUAUCAACUGCUUUCAGGGGGCAUAUACAAAACUUGUAACUUUAUUUGGUCAGCAUUCAAAUGAAGCUGUUUUGUUUGGAACUGAGUCCCCCUAUACUCUACCUUAUAACUUAAAAACCUUGGAAGAAACAUUGGAUCAAUGCAGGUCACUAAAAAGCUUACCAGUCAUUCCUAAUAUUGAGAAAAGACUUAACUAUCCAAUAACAGGGGUUCAAAUGGUACCUCAUAAUGAAGAUGUUUCGAUUUACUUUUCAAAUUUAUUUGGAGAAAUAUUCCGUCAAGAUGUGCUAUUGAAAAGUUAUAGUACCAAAGAACCAGAAGAAAGAAUGUAUGAAUGGUUGAUGGCAAUUGAUGAAAUGGAUGAUCCAGAGCUUAAUAUUGUACACUUGGCUAAUGCAAGAGCUGCCUUUGAUUCGGAAAUCGAUUUCAAUGAUGUGGAUCUAUUCAAUCAUUAUGAAAAAAAUAAUGUCCAUGAUUUUCUCGAUCAUGAAGAUUUUGAUUUUAAAAAUUGGGACGUGGAAAAUUUCGAUCAGAUUUGGGAGGAUGAUAAUUGCUUGGAUAUGAGUUUAUUCGAGUCGAAACCUGGGAAACUUCAAGUUGAAGAUUGGAUGAAAAAUAAUGACUUUGAAAGUCAAAAUGAUGCUGAAUGAUUUCAACAAUAUCCUAGAUCCACUUAUAUAAAAAGUGAAUAUUUUUAUCUGUGAUAAUUAGAUUUGUAAUAUAUUAUUGAUAACUUUUAAAUUUACUUAAUGAAAUAGGGUAAAUGCACUGGUUAGCCGACCGGCACUGGUUCUCGACCAUUCCGUGAUUUGAGAUGAAAUAAUAAUAAAAAUAUAUCAUGUAGUGCAAAAUAUUUUCGCGGUACGUGUUCUCGACCA